AUGGUCCUCCACCUGCGGGGCGAGCGUGUUUUCUUCCCUAGCGGGGGUGUCCUCGUUUUCUUCCGCAGUGCAGGUGGCCUUUCAUUGCAGCCCAGGGCCUCGCACGGCACGGCUUCACUUAAUUUUGGGGGAGCCUUAACUUGGCUGGAUCACGGCGGCCUCAAGGGCAAGACCUGGAGCUGCUUUUACUCUGAAAGUGCGGGAAGCACGCAGCACAGGUUCGCCUACCCGGGUCUUCCACACAUGCGUGCUGUGGGUGCAGAGGUGCCCCCGGGGGGCGGGGAGGGGACACCAGAGGAGAAAGGCCCGUUCAUCAACGCAUCCCUGUGGUCCAUGAGGUCCUUGGAUCACAGACGUGGCUCCUGGCUUAUCAGCUUAAUAAAAGUGUAA